CACAGACUGAGUGAAAGGCAGGCGGGCGAUGAAGAUGGUGGAUCCAGACACGCAAACAUCGGGUGGACCGUUAGAUUGGCAACUGCAGUGAACGCCCAGUGAAAUGUUUGGCUCUAUCUGACUACAUCAACCUGAAGCUGAGCUGCUUUUUCCUUCAUUUCCUGCCUCCUGAUCAUGAACCCUGACACUACUUAUUGCAGAAAAAUUGCAAACCCUUAACUCAUCUACCUUUACAUCCCUCUACCCUGCUACUGGCACUCCUUCAACCACAGAAAAUAGAUGAGCCUGGGAGGUUUGAGUUGAGGUUAAAAAGUGGGAAAAGAUAUGUUCUGUGUGUAGUCUCUGUCCUGUUCCAAGCAUGAGCCACCAGGAGGCGCUGCACAGCCAGGAGUUGAGAGAGGUGGCAGAGGCAGACCAGGAGCGCAGGGGACCAGAGGGCCAGCAGCCCCCUUCAUCCCACCGUAGACGCCAUGAAAAUGGAGAUGGCAGCUCUCGUUCUGGUCGCUCCCGUAACCACCACAGCAGCCAUGGUACAGAGAACAAUCACCACCAGUCCCAACAGCAGGGGGCCCUGCGCUACCGCAGGUACGAAGGAUCCAAUGGAGGGACGAACCGCUCACAUGCUCCAAGGAGACCAGUUGAAGAGGGUGAAACAGAGCAGCAGCCUGUUCAGCAGCCCAUACCGCGACCUGCAGUGACACGUUACCGCAGACAGGGGGACAACGAGGCCCGACUGCGGGCGCAGCAGCAGAGACAGAGACAGCGGGAGAGGCAACAGAGAGAAGCAGAGAGAGCUGAACAGCAAAGACUGGAGCAUCAACAACAACAACAACAACUUAGUUCCCCAACACAGACUAUGCCUUCUACCAGAGAGCCAGAGGAAGCCGAAGAGGACGAGGGAGAAGGAGGCAGUGCUUUGGCCCGAUCCGCCAGCACUGAGAGUGGCUUCCACAACCACACGGACCGGGCAGAAGGGGAUGCGGUCAUGUCUCUGGAAGCUGAACCGGAGGAUGAAACUGCAUAUGGCAUCCCGUUGCGUCCCGAAGCUGAAGAGUACACAGAGAGUGCCGAGUCAGAGCAACAGCACGGUGGUCCAGCUUACCCCCAGCCCCAAUACCCCCCUCAGCCACCACCGCUACCUCGAGAGCCCCUGCCCAAUGCUGAGAGGCCCCAGAGCCGUGAUGCAGAGACGCUAAACCCCAACUACUCCAAUUAUGUUUACACUCAGCCCAUGUACCGCAGUCCUACUGGGUCAGGAGAGACCUGUGAGGGUGGACCCUCAGAAGACGAGCCCUACACUGAGCCUUAUGCUGAAUACACCCUCCAGGAGCACGUUUAUGAAGAGAUAUCAGACGCCCCCUUGACCAAAGCUGAGGGACAGACUCCACAGCAGUGUAGGGCAGAAUUCAGACUCCUAGAGCAUGACUUGUACCAGCAGCAAGAGGCCGUUGGUUCUAGGCUCCACCACUAUGACGAGCGAUCUGAUGGGGAGUCGGACAGUCCAGAAAAGGAAGCCGAGUUUGCCCCUUACCCCCGUGCCGACAGCUGCGAGCAGGACGAGGACAUUGACCAGAUUGUGGCUGAGGUGAAGGAGAGUCUUAGCUCGCAGAGCCUGGAUCAUGUUGCGAUGGGCAUGGACAAGGAUGGGGAAGAGGAAGAAGAGUGGCCCGAGUCUGAGCACCAGGCCCACGGCCAAACGGAAGAGAUCAAACCCCCAGAGCUAGAGAGUGAAGUAGAGAGUGGAGAGCAGUCCCUCAGAAGCCCCUCAGAAGAGCCAGCUUCAGUGAAGAGCAACCGUGAAAAGAGAGACGCAAUCUCACUGGCUAUUAAGGACAUCAAAGAGGCAAUAGAGGAGGUAAAGACAAGGACAGUUCGCUCACCCUACACGCCUGAUGAGCCCAAAGAACCCAUCUGGGUAAUGAGGCAGGACCUUAGCCCUACAGCAGAAUCUGACCUGCAGCCAUCUCUGGGGGGUGAUUCUCCAGGCUCAGGCUCCACCUCCCCACAGGGGGCGGAGUCAUCCACCUGUCACCUGCCAUCACAUGAGGGGAGUGAUAGCUUUGAGUCUCCAUCUCCAGCUAUUAAAGAGUCAAUGAGAAGUCUUGCUUCAUUCCCCACAUAUGUAGAAGUACCAGGUCCAUGUGACCCAGAGGACCUCAUCGAUGGUAUUAUCUUUGCUGCUAACUACCUGGGCUCCACCCAGCUGCUCUCCGACAAGACUCCCUCCAAAAAUGUCCGCAUGAUGCAGGCUCAGGAGGCUGUGAAUCGCAUUAAGACGGCCCAGAAAUUAGCCAAAAACAGGAAGAAGGCUCCAGAAGGUGAAGCUCAGCCCAUGACGGAGGUGGACCUCUUCAUCUCAACUCAGAGAAUCAAAGUGCUUAAUGCAGACUCACAGGAGACCAUGAUGGACCAUCCUUUAAGGACCAUCUCCUACAUUGCCGACAUUGGGAACAUUGUGGUGUUAAUGGCCAGAAGGAGAAUGCCUCGCUCUGACUCUCAGGAGAACAUGGAUGCAUCUGACCCUGCCCAGGAUGAGAAGCGCCAGUACAAGAUGAUCUGUCACGUAUUUGAGUCAGAAGAUGCUCAGCUCAUAGCACAAUCCAUCGGCCAGGCUUUCAGUGUAGCAUACCAAGAGUUCCUGCGUGCCAAUGGCAUCAACCCAGAGGAUUUGAGCCAGAAAGAGUACAGCGACCUCCUCAACACACAAGACAUGUACAAUGAUGACCUCAUUCACUUUUCCAAGUCUGAAAACUGCAAAGAUGUUUACAUAGAGAAGCAGAAGGGAGAGAUUCUUGGGGUGGUGAUUGUGGAAUCAGGCUGGGGCUCCAUCCUGCCCACAGUUAUUAUAGCAAACAUGAUGCAUGGUGGCCCUGCUGAGAAGUCUGGAAGACUGAACAUUGGAGACCAGAUUAUGUCACUCAAUGGUACCAGCCUGGUCGGAUUACCCCUCUCCACCUGCCAGAGUAUUAUCAAGGCAUUGAAGAACCAAUCCAGAAUAAAGCUAAACAUUGUGAGAUGCCCACCUGUGACCACUGUUCUCAUCAGAAGACCAGACUUGAGAUAUCAGCUUGGCUUUAGUGUGCAAAAUGGCAUUAUCUGUAGUCUUAUGAGAGGAGGGAUAGCAGAGCGCGGCGGGGUCCGUGUCGGCCACCGGAUCAUUGAAAUCAAUAGCCAGAGUGUUGUGGCUACUCCUCAUGAGAAGAUUGUACACAUUCUGUCAAGUGCAGUUGGUGAGAUUCACAUGAAGACUAUGCCGGCUGCCAUGUACCGCUUGUUAACAGCCCAGGAGCAACCCGUUUACAUCUAAAGAUUCAACGCUUUCUCAAGCCCCCGGCACUGCUGUCACCAGAUAUAACCUUAAUGUUGAUGUGAAACUCUCAGCCCUGUGGACUGCUGUGAUUGAAUCCACUGAAGCUCUGCUAAACAUGACUCUCCAUGAAGCUUCAGUUCUUCUUCACUCCA